GAGCGAGGGCCCGGCGGCGCCAUGGUGCUCUGCCCGGUGAUCCGGAAGCUGCAGCACCAGUGGGUGGUGCUGGCCAGCGCCUCCCCCCGCCGCCGGGAGAUCCUCAGCCAAACGGGUCUCAGGUUCGAGGUGGUCCCUUCCAGGUUCAAAGAGAACCUCCAGAAAGCCUCGUUCCCCACCCCUCACGCGUAUGCCGUCGAAACAGCCAAGCAGAAGGCCCUGGAGGUGGCCUGCAGGAUGCACCAGAAAGACCUCCGGACCCCCGACAUUGUCAUCGGAGCGGACACCAUCGUGACGGUGGGCGGGCUGAUCCUGGAGAAGCCGGUUGACAAACAGGACGCCUACAGCAUGCUCUCCAGGUUGAAUGGGACCGAGCACAGCGUGUUCACGGGCGUGGCCAUCGUCCACUGCUGCAGCACAGACGGCCGGCUGCACACCGAGGUCACGGAAUUCUAUGAGGAGACGAGGGUGAGGUUCUCGGAGCUGUCGGAGGAGCUGCUGCGGGAAUACAUCGACAGCGGGGAGCCCACGGACAAGGCUGGCGGCUACGGGAUCCAGGCGCUGGGCGGCAUGCUGGUGGAGUCCGCGCACGGGGACUUCCUCAACGUCGUGGGCUUCCCGCUGAACCGCUUCUGCAGGGAGCUGACGAGGCUGUACUACCCCCCGCCCCGCGAGGGUCCGCAGCAGCUCACACACGACCCCCUCCCGGCCCUCGACACCCGCGACAACCUGAGCGACGCGGAAGGCGGAGGCUCAGACGCGGCUCAGAGCCAAGAGGCUUGCGGCGGCCGGGCGGAGGCCGGCGGAGAACGAACACAGGCUGAGGGUGCACAGGAGGCGGCUUCCAACAGGACGGGGGAUGGCCCGCCCCCGUUCCCCAUUGGCCUUCUCGAGCUCAUCGAUGGCUUCAAGGCGUCAAAGGCCCUAUUCACGGCGUGCAAGCUGAAGGUGUUUGAUUUACUCAAGGACGAAACCCCCCUGAGGGCCUCGGAGAUAGCCUCGAGAUUCGGCGCCCCUCGGGGUGGAGUGGCACAGCUGCUGGAUGUGUGUGUGGCCCUGGGGUUACUGGAGAAGACACGCAGAGCUUACAGCAACACAGACUUGGCCAGCCGGCACCUGGUGUCGGACGUGGAGUACUCCCUGCACGGCCUUGUCAUGCACCACAACGACCACACCUGGAAUCUCUUCUCACACCUGGAGCGCGCCAUCCUAGCAGGACCAGGCCCCGGCCACACGUCUCUGGGGGACAAGGCCACACACCUGUCUCAGAACUCCCGUGACCAGAGCAAGGAGGCGACGCUGGGGCUCCUGCGGGCCACACACGGCCUUGCCAAGCUGACCGCACGCCAAGUGGCCACGGCCUUCGACCUGUCCUGGUUCACCUCCGCCUGCCACCUGGGAGGGUGCACGGGCGCCCUGGCCCACGCGCUGGCCCGGGAGUACCCGCGUCUCCAGGUGACCGUGUUUGACCUCCCCGAGGUCCUCGAGCAUGUGGCGUGUUUCCAGCCCGAGGGACGGCAGACGGAGCAGAUCAGGUUCCUGCCAGGUGACUUCUUCACAGAGAGCCUCCCGGACGCCGACCUCUACGUUCUGUCCAGAAUCCUCAGCGACUGGGAGGACGACAAGGUCCACGAGUUGCUGAGCCGCAUCUCGGGCAGCUGCAAACCAGGCGGUGGCCUCCUGCUGGUGGACACGGUGUGGGACGAGGAGGGCCCGGAGAACGCGACGGUGGACGAGGCGAGGCGGGCGGCGCGGAACGGCCUGCGGCGGGCCCUGGACGGGCUGGUGUGGCCCCCGCGCGCACAGAGGAGCCUGGCCGAGUACCGGCGCCUGCUGCAGCGACACGGCUUCCGGGACGUGGCGGAGACGCGGGCGGGGGACCAGCUGCACGUGCUCCUGGGCACGCGGCCGUCCCCCCGGGAGGCUGUCCCCACUCGGCCCCUGAGGGGACGCCUUCACUGCAGAGAUGCCUGA